AAGAUGUCAUAUUUCAACAACCCAUCAGUACCAUCAUUGCAGUAUCAGUAUGCAGCACAAGGACCUCUACCUGGUGCAGUGAAUUAUCAUCAUACACAGGCACAACCCAUAAUACAUCCUACACUACCCGCCUCCCCUUAUCAUAACAGGCUAACUUCCUAUCCUGUUGAUUAUAGUCAUCCACCAACACCCAUACCUUAUCAAUACUGGACAAGAAGACAUACAGAUGUGGCUUCACCUCCAAAUAUUAUACCAUCACCUCCCGUCCAUAAUAAUUAUAUUCAUCACAGUGAAAUUAAGUGUACAGGUACUCAACAAAGCUCUUCAGAUAAUAACUGGCCAAUGAUUGUCCAGAAACAUGAGUCGGGCAUGGUUGUAACAGCUACAGACAUGUUUCUAAUGAAGGCAACUGGCCAUGGUAUUUCAAUAACUCCACAGCAAACUCCAUCAUCGAAACAAUCAACUCCUUCACCACAGUCAACUAAACCUAAUGCUUUUGUUACCAAAACUCUUGAAUCUAAUGAUAAAAAGGAUGAAAAUAUAAUUAAAAAGAUUGAUAAACUUGUGGCAUCAGAUGGAUAUUGUUAUUCACAAAAAUGGACUGGAGAUAACAACAAACCCAAUGACGCUAUAAUUAACAAAAAUGUCACAAGCACAUUAUAUAAAUCUACCAGUAGCACGGUUGUAAAUAAGAACCCAGUUGUUGCAAAGCCUAGCAAAACAGAUUUGUUUUUUGAACGGGCAUGGAAACUUGGAAUUGAAUGUUCAAAUCCAAAAAGUCUGUCUACUGAAGGACCAAAAGCUUUGGAAACAGCUGGCAAAUACUCAAACCGUGAACCGAACAAUACUUCAGAAGAGCAUUUGAAUAAUGAUCCUAAUGUCAAUGUGAAAGAACAAAAUGUUUUGGAUUCUGAAUCUGACAUCGACUCCAUCUUGAGACAAGUAGCUAAGCAACUUACUAAAGAUGUGCUGUGUUCAGCAAUCAUUGAAAUAAAUUUAGAUUAUGGAAUCACAAUUUCUAUUGGUGAUCUUGGCUUUGAUGUUGAAAAUGAAGUUCAAAUUAUUGAACAGUCAACAAAAAUUGAAGACGAUGACAGAGAGGAUAGUAAUGAAAAAUUAGCAUCUUCACUGACCAGUAGUCAAACAUCACUUUUGAAUCCUGAUACACCAGAAUUUAAACCAAUUAGUGUUGAAAUAGCAGAUCCUGGCGACUGUUUUGCAUCUUCUUACCUCCCAUUUCAGACUAUUCCGAUCAGUCCAGAGUAUCAUGAAGAUGAGGAUUAUAACGACAAUAAUUUCUACGCUUCCAUGGAUUGUGCAGAUUAUGUCUGUAGAAAUGCGGAUAUGAUUGAAGUUCGUCCAUAUACUGAUGAGUUAGUUGAUUGUGAAACUCAGACGGCCGAGAAGUGUUCAUUCGAAGUGGGUGUCAAUACCAUAAAUUAUGAAUCAAAAACCUGUGCCAUCCAGACUGAAAAUUUUAAGUGUAAAACCAAAAAUCGAAAGUUACAAACAAGUCCUGAGCUAUCAUUUUGUUAUAAUAAGGAAAUUGUUUCAGAUUCAAGUUACAGAUACAUGAAAGUGUUAGAGAAAGAAGUUUAUAGUCUAAGAAGUCAGAUGUGUUCAAGUGAACUGCAGAGAGAGUUACACGAAUUACACUAUUCAAAAACACACUGGUCAAAUUUUUUUAAUCCUCAAAGUAAAGAGAAGACUGGUUUAGAAGAUUUAUUUGAAGCCAGAAUGAAAUGGUUACAACAAUGUAUAGCCAAUUUACAGUGCCAGUUAGAGGAAGGUUUAAUAAGACUAGAUAAAGGAGGAAAUUUGAAAGAUCUUCCAGUAUUGAGUAUUUAUAUCCCAACCUCCAGUGGAAAUGCUAGUUAUUUGCCGAAGUCAUUUUAGCAUGUGGUCCCUCG